CCCACUCCAGUAUUCUUGCUUAGAGAAUCUCAUGGAGAGAGGAGCUUGGCGGGCUACAGUCCAUAGGGUCGCAAAGAGUCGGAAACAAGAGAAGCAAUUUAGCAUGCACACCUGCCCCAGAUGUGUGAUUCUAAGAUUCUCAGCUCUUGAUUCUGUCCCAAAUGGCCACAAAAUCCCAAACCCCUGUUACUGGCCUUGGCAUCUGGACCCUACUUUUCAACUUCCCAGUGGGGUUUCUGGGGCAUCCCUUAGAGUCUCACAAGUUGGUAAGGUGUUUAUUUUAUCCAGUAUGGCUAGGCAUUCUGUAAGCAAGAGGGUUCUUUGCGUUUGUGGAGUCAUAUUGCUGGAAAUGGAACUUGGCAGCAGGAACGACGUUGAAACCCGUUUUGAGUGAUCCGGCUGGUGGCAGGAUGCUGGAGACGGCAGGUGGAAAACCUCCCCACCCAGUUCUACAUGCCCUUGGCUGCCGAGCCGGAAUGCCUGAGAUGGCCGGCUAAUUCCCAGGAAUGUCCCAGCUCGUUCCAACCUCCCUCCCAUCCUUCCGCCAGGACUUUCGUGAAGGAAGUGCCUGCCCCUUACCCUGACAAUUUCACCCCUGCUCUGCCUGCCAUGUGGACUGAGGUCUGAGGCCUCCCCCACCACACCGGUCUACGUGCCCCCAGUGGUUCACAUCAGGAGCCUUGCAUUCAGUAGGACUUGGGGUUCAAACCCCACCUGUGUCUCUUAAUUCUGGGUGACUUUAGAUAAGUGACAUUCCUCCCAGCGACACCCCCCAACUGAAGGUAGUCUCAACAAGCAGUUGAGAAGAAAAAAGCACACCAAAAUCACUGAAGCAGUCCCCUGUGGGUAGUGCUGUGGUCUUUUCCUACUUCCCAAUACAAAGGGCAGCAAAAAGCCCCGAGCUUGCAUCUUGGCUCACCUGAAACGGAUGAGCUCCUGAAGCACGUGUCCUGGGUCAAAGGGAUGGGAUUGGUGGUUUCUGUAGCCAGUGUUCAACUGCCACUGGUUUAUACUGCUACCAACAGGCAUGCCCAUUACACACACACACCCAGCCAUGUGUAAGCAGACUCUUUGCCAGUCUCAGGGGCAGUCUCACCUGAGUUUUCAUCUGGUCUUGCCUGCAUUGGGUUCAAGCACCUUGUCAAAUCUACACAAGUUGCUUGUAUUUCAGGACUUCCCCCUGGUGGUCCAGUGGUUAAGGCUCUGGGCUCCCAAUGCAGAGAUACAAGUCGGAUCCCCUAUUCGGGAUCUUGCAUGACACAGGACAUGGCCUAAAAUUUUUUAAAAAUUGAAAAUAAAAAAGAUGCUCUUAUUUCCUUUGCCUCGAGCAUUUUGUGUGUGCUUAGCUGCUCAGUUGUGUCCAACUCUUUGCAACCCCAUGGACUGUAUAGCCCACCAGCCGCCUCUGUCCAUGGGAUUCUCCAGGCAAGAAUACUGGAGUAGGUAGCCAUUCCCUUCUCCAGGGGAUCUUCCCAACCAAGGGAUCGAACAUUGAGUCUCCUCCAUUGCAGGUGAAUUUUUUGCCAUCUGAGCCACCAGGGAAGCUUCUAAGAGGCUCUCAACUGCUCAGUACCAGGCACCCUGAUACACACUAAAUGUCUCCUGUUUGUCCUCAAGACCUCAUGUGGGAGGGACUCUGUUAGCCCCCUUUCAUGGCUGAGGAUGGAGGCUCACUUCCCCAGGGUGAUGGAGAAGGGCUGGGAGAUUGCCCUAACCAGGGCAGGGCUUAACCUCCCCUCCUGCUCUGAUGCCCUCCAACCCCAGGUAGGGCUGGGGUCCCAGGGGACUCAGGUUGGCCUUCUAGAGACAGGAGUCCCUGCAGGGUGAGUUUCCUGCCCCUGUGUCCCAGCUCUUGGCAGUCCCCAGGCCUCUCCCUUUUCCUGUUUUGAUACUGCCUGGGCCAGACCCGGAGGCAGGGCAUGAUGUCUUAAUCCUCCAGGCAGGAGCCAUGAUGGAUUCCCAGUCAGCUCACCCACCUCUCCCCUGCAUGCACAUCCGCUCUACCUGGUGCACAAUGUGGGGGCUACUGGGCCCCAGCACCCUGCCCGAGAGGGGAGGACCCCCACUGGGAGACCCUUGGGGCCCCCCAACCCUCCCUCCAGACAGCAGGUGGGGUGGGGACCCCAAGUUGCCCUCCCUGAGCUCGGCCCUGGCUGCCGACACAGCACUCGUAAAUCAAGGGGCGGAGGGGGUGUUGGAAAUGGGUCUGUGGAAUGUCUGGAUGGGGUGUGUGUGUGAGGGGGUGUGCACCCUUAACUCUUGGAAGGAUGGGGUGUGGGGCAGAGGAGCGGGGCUGCCUGGGCCUGAGGUGUGCGACGUUGGAGCCUUUGCAACAAGCAGCAGCCGGAAGUGAUGAGGUUAAUUCCCCAGCUCGGGCAGAGAGGGGAUAAAUUGAGGGUGCCGGGCAUCCGCAUCCUCAGGACCUGCCCGUCACCAUGGCCACAGGAAGAGUCUUGCUAGGCUCUCUGCUUCUCCUGAUCCUCCACUUGGACCUUGGUGGAAGCCGGGGGGCCUGGGAGGCUCUGGUGGCGGAGAGAGAGCUCUCAUUUGAGCCAGCGGUGGACAGACAGACCCAGAGGCCACAACUGGGAGCCCGCCUGCGCCGAUCCCUGACCAGCCCGUGCCAGCUGUGGAGCCUGUCCUUGCCUGUGGCUGAGCUGGGCCUGGGCUACACGUCGGAGGAGACGGUCAUCUUCCGCUACUGUGCUGGCAGUUGUCCUCGCGGUGCCCGCACCCAACACGGCCUGACGCUGGCCCGACUGCGGGGCCAGGGCCGAGCCCAUGGAGGACCCUGCUGCCGGCCCACCCGCUACGCCGAUGUGACCUUUCUCGACGACCGCCACCGCUGGCAGCGGCUGCCCCAGCUCUCGGCAGCGGCCUGUGGCUGCGGUGGCUAAGCAUGGCCGACCCGGAGCCCUGCAGCCGCUGGAGAAGCUCAACUGACUUAUUUGCUGGAGGCCCAGAGGCCGAGGCAAAGAGAAGGGAAGGUGGGCUGGGGCCACCAGCAAGGGGCUCAAUAAAGGAAACUGCUCCUCCA